AUGAGGUUUCAAUCCGUGAGAGACGAGCUAAUUAGAGCUGCAUGCGCCGAGAGUGAGUACGGUACAGUUAAAGUUGAAGGAGUUGUUGCUAAAGAUGUCAUCAAUGCAUGCAGCUGCAUCAUUCAGAGAAUGGCUUUUAAUGGAGUUGAAAAUGUAGAGAAUGUCUUCACUCACACAGAAAAUCCAAAAGUAAAAUUACUAGAGGUUUUUGACCAAAAAUCUUUAGGUGGUUGCUUGGUAUUCCAAUCCAGAGAGCUUAUGGGGAUAAUGUAUGCAUUGGAACAUAACAAAUCUGAACACAUCAUGCUUUCAGCACAAGAACUUCUAGACUAUUUGCCCAAAAAAUUUCCAGAAAAGUACGGACGUGAAGAUGUCACAGCCUCAUUUUCAGCUCCACCCAGAUUUAUUAGGGAAUAUCUCACCAAGUAUGGUAUUUGCACAGAAACUGAUUAUCCUUUCAUAGGCAGGCGAAGCACGGAGGAUGAAAUAAAAGAAGUUGAAUUGUUAUUAAAAUAUAAAGCCAGUAGAGUUAUCAGAACAAAAAACUCACCAACAAGGGAAGCCUUCAUACUUGGAGAAAUUCAAAAAUAUCCUUUGAUUGGACUGUUGCAUUCUGAUAACCAUUUGUCCAUUCUUAAAAAAGGGGAAAUUUAUGAGAAUGGAAAUGGGCCAAAUAGACAUGCUGUUAUGAUUACUGGCUAUGGUGUGGUAAAUGGAAUCCCCUGCUAUGAAAUCAAGAAUACUUGGGGUAAUGCAUGGGGCAAACAAUGGUUUUGGCCUGAUCAGAAAAGAUGCAAUGCAUGCAUUUUUGUCUUUUGA